AUGGCGGACGAGGCCGAGUUUUCACCGUCGUUUGGGCAGCCGGGCACCACCUUUGUGUAUCGACCCAAGCAACUGUGCACCUAUUUUCCUGCUCAAGAUGCGCCAAAAUUACCAGUCGUGCUCCCCGAUGCGCCCAUGUAUAUGUUAUUUGCGCAUCGAUUAUGGCGGGCAGGAAUGCUGCUUGCGGAUGCAAUCUAUACGGGCGCGAUUGAAAUGGAUGGAAAGUGUGUCUGCGAGCUUGGCGCAGGCGUCGGGCUUCCUGCUUUGACAGCGGCAUUGUGCGCAAGCCCCACCAAGGUCGUCGUGACGGAUUAUGACGACGACGAUGUGAUCAAUGCGUUGCGCUGCAACGUGCGCCGCACAUUGGACGCGAACCCCACCAUGCACCCUUCGCCGAUCAGCAUAUACCCACAUACGUGGGGGAAUGCCAUGGACGAUGUCUUGGAUCUUUUGCCGUGCAGCGCAUCGGAUCCUUCUCCACGAUUUGAUGUGCUCCUCUUAGCAGACUGCAUUUGGGAGCGGUUUGCACAUGCGUCGCUCCUCAAGUCGAUUACAGGUUUGCUUGCACGACGCGCUGAUGCACGCGUGUAUAUGGUUGCAGGGCUGCAUACAGGCCGUGCGGUACUGCUUCAAUUCCUACGUAGAAUGCUCGAUGCGGGGUUCGUCCUGGUAUCCUUACCCCACCUCGAUCGCUGGCCGUCGCUGGCGGGUACGCCCAUCGCAGAAUUACCAGGUGCGGAGCACAUUAUGGAGCUACAAGUAGACGUGCACCCGGAAGGGAGCCUGGACUCACCGGGCGUCGUCGCGCAUUUACGCUGCUGCUGGAGGACGAGGCGCCAGUACAGGAGCGGAAUCACUGGCUGA